CGCGAGUAUGUUUGUGACAUAGAGAGAAAGAUAGAGCGGGAGGGAGAUAGAAAUACAAAGCCUUCGCUUAUCUUGCUAAUUACGAAGGUAGCGCAGUUGAGUAAAUAAAUAAUACAUUUUGAGAACAUAGACUUGUCUAUAAAACGGCGAGAAGGGCGCAAAGAGCUGUCGGGGCGAGAAAAAGUGCCCGCCUCCGUCGUUGUCGUUGCAGUCGACUGUAACCUCGGGAGGUCUGUAUUAUGAACGAAAAACGAGUAUGCCGUUGUUUGUUUUUUUUAACGCUCUUAACUGUGAUAAAGCAAAUUCAUCCGUCUUUACAUGAACACAAAAACACGUUUGUUCAGGAUGAAAACGAUGUACAAUAUCUUUUAGAUAAAAUUCCAAUUUCAAUAAACAAGGGUUUUGCUAAUUCAGUGCAUGGAGCUGGGGAUUCUAUAUCUGAAGAAAAUUUUCAUAUUAAGUUUCAACCAAGUAUUCUGGAUUUUCAAGAAAGACAACUUGGUAUACCACACCAAGAAACUGUAACAUUGUUAAAUAAAGAUGAUAAUCGAACUAUUCAUCUCUCUUCUAUUUCUGGAAAUACACAACAUUUUCAUUCAUCUUUUUUUCAAGACAAAGUUAUUCCUCCAUUGGGAAACACAACUUUUAAUGUUGUAUUUUUAGGUCGAGAAGAAGGGGAAAUUGACAGUUACCUCUUCAUACAUACAUCUGAUGGAACAGUAAAAUAUCAAGUAAAAGGUAUAAGCGUAAGUAGUCCAUAUCGAUUACGACCUGUAGUAGGCGUGAAACUACCUAUAAAUGCAUCGUUUACUCCAUUAAUAUACAUGCACAAUCCUCAUUCUGAAUUUAUGCAGAUUUUAGAAGUUUAUAGUAGUGGAAGAGAGUUUCAAUUGGAAUUACCUACUGGGGAAGUAGAAGGAUCUCGUGGAUUAUGGGAAAUUCCUCCUUAUCAAACUAAACCUGUAAUAAGGUUACACUUCAAUGCCCUUAGUGAAAAAAAUCACACUGCAUAUAUUGGAUUCAGAAUGAACAAUAGUGCUGAAGUACUCAUUGUGGCUGUGGAGAUAGAAGUAACUAAUGGAGCUGGUCUUCAUUGGGGCGGUGAUUCUGGAAUUGUUAACUUUGGUAUAGGAGGAUCUCAUCAAUCACCAAUUCAUUAUCAAAUAUCAUUAAAAAAUUCAGCAAAAAAACCUGUUAAAGUGCAAAAUAUUAUCAGUACACCAACAUCAAAAGCAUUAAAGAUUAUAUUUGAACCUAUUGUGAUACCAGGAGAUACAGAAAUUCCAAUAGAAGUUGGAAUGUUAGUGUAUGAUUGGAAAGCUGGUUUGGAUUUAAAACAUUUUAAAGGAAAAUUAAUGAUAAAGAGUAUUGGACCUGGUGGUUCUAGUCAAAAACUAGCUAUACCAUGGAUAGCAGAAGUCUUACAAGGUGGCCUUGAAGUAAAUACUUCUGCUGCACAUUAUUGUUCACCACAUACUAUCCAACCACGAAACUUUAGCGUUGUUAAUAAAUUUAAGUUACCUCUAGCUAUUACUAACAUUUCGCUACCGUUUGAGACUGCAUCAUUUUUUACUAUAAGUAAUUUUAUCCCAAAGAUUUUAAAAUCUGGUCAGAGGGACAAUAUAUUUACACUAUCAUUAACUCAUGAUAAAAAAUAUCAAAACUUGCAAUUGCAGUCAAUGAUAUUAAUUCAUUCUAAUGUUUCUAUUACUGAAAUUCCAUUACUAAGCUAUAAUGGCAAAUUACAAAAAAUAAUACCAGGUGGAAGAGCAAGUGAUAAAGGUACAAUGAAUUUUGGCACUGUUAGUAGUGGCACAGAAAAUGAAGGUAUAUUCGCCCUUGAAAAUCAGAAUCCAAUUAAUAUAGAAUUACAUGGUUGGGGAGUUAAUAUGCCUGGAGCCGUUUUAGAGUUAAUGGGUUGUCAAAGUGGGCCUACUGAAUUAUUUAGUAAUGGCGUACAAAAUAUAAGUCUCUGUAGUGUUACAGGAAAUCAAAAUAUAAAACCAGGCUACUUAGCAAUCUUUAAAAUUAAAGUCAAAACUCCUUAUGUUAAAGAAGAUACUAUAGUUGGUGAUGUAUUUGUUAAGACUACUUACGAAAGAUUAAUCGUUCCAGUUUAUAUGCGAGUUGCACAUGGAAAAAUAUCUAUGAAGAAGGUUACAUUCUCAAAUUGUUUUCCUGGUUCUAUUUGUUUACAACAAGUGAAAGUGCACUCAACAUUUGCAAGAUCUAUGGAAGUUACUUUUAUAGCUCCACUCCACAAGGAUGAAAGAGUAAAAUAUAUUCCUUUGGAGCCUACUUCAUAUCCAGUUAUAUCAAAGGGUGAUAAUCAUAUAGGCUCCAUUGUAAUUGAUCCAUUGAUUACUUGUAAAGAAUAUUGUUAUCUUGGUUUAAUAUUAAAUAGUAGCGUUGGAAUUCAGUGGCUUAACACUUUAAGUUUACCUUCUCAUACGCGUGACUCUGAUUUAAAUCUGCUAAACACUCGUUACAAUAGAUAUUUAAAUGUAACUAGUGGUGGUUCAUGGGACAACAUAACAAUGCAAUUAGAUACUAGCGAAGUUCGUGGAUACAAAUUUUUCGUAAAUAUGAAACCGUAUUGGCCCAGUCUUUUAAUUGAAAUUCAAGAUAUCAAAAAUAAAAGUUUACUUUCAUUUCCACUUACUCAAGUUGGAAAAAUUUCGUACAAGAAUAUAACAUUGCAUAAUCCAACAUUGCAUCCAUUAUUAAUCCAUUUAGUAAUGGAUUGGAGUUAUCCCCAAGGAUUAAGGUUGUUUCAUUCACUACCAAAUAAUUUUAAACCAAUAUGUUUGGAGUGCCCAAUUACUAUACCUGGAGAAUUCAAAUUAGAAGACACUUUGAAUGAAAAAGACUUUUUUGAGCAGUGGGGAAUUAGUUCUGCACCUCACUCUCUUCCCACAGUUCUUGAACCUAAUAAAACAAAAACAAUACAACUGUCGUAUACACCUUCAUUAGCUGCUUUAUCGUCCGCACUUUUAUAUAUAAGAAACAACAUGACCAUUUUAGAAGUAUUACGUCUCGUAGGUCGCGGAGCUCAAGCACAAUUUAAAUUUGGCAAUCGUAAGCCGGGAUCUGUAACACCUUUAUUGUUUGACCUUACAGAAAAGUAUCUUAAGGAUUGUGAAAUAGAGCGAUCCCGCAAGGCUUCUAUUUCCAAUCUGACAGUAAAGCGUUCAUUCAUGGCACGCAAUACGGGUGAACUGUCUAUCGAUGUUUACGCCUUUUACAUAAAUGGACUGGCCUGCGAGGGCUACGGAUUCAAAGUACUUAAUUGUGAGCCUUUUACUCUUCAACCAAAUGGCACGAAGAAAAUCGAAAUAGCCUUCACGCCCGAUUUCACACUUUCGCGUAUUGAGCGCAAUCUUUUUAUACAGACAAGCUUAGGUUCUAAAAUCGACUCAAAUAUUGACCUUGCAAAUGGUAUGGUUAGAUUGAGUUUGCUCACAACCGUACCACAUCACGCAUUGGAGGCAUGUGCUAUGAUGAUCGCUCGGCCAAAUUGGGAGAAUGCACUCCAGUGGACAGCCACUGGGCUCACAUUAGUACUGUUCGUAUGUGUAUUAGCCACCGCUUUUCUGGAAGCCGAUCGUAUUUUAAGAGGUGCUUUAGUAAGCAUGUCUCGGGGUAAUCCAACUCAACCUCCACUAGACUUGAGAUUAUUGUCCCAUUCAUCUUCGAUUCAACAGCACUCCUUACAAACAAGCAGCCAUCAACACAACAAAGAAAAAUUAAUGGCUUUGGUAGAUGACAAUAAUAGAUCGUUUGGUAACAAACUCAGUAAGAAGGACGACUCGUUACCUGAUUGGAGUCUUAUGAAUGUUAAGCGCAAUAAGGAAAAGGAGGUAAACAAAGGGAUCAAGAUACCUGAUUGGUCUCUUGAAGAGGAACGUAGAUUUAGAAUCGAUACGGAAUCCAAAGAUACACCUUCGUUAAGGCGAUGUCUGGAUGUUGCCCCGUUAACUGUAGACAGCUCAAGCUGCUCAAAAAAGCGAAGCAAUAAGCGUUGUAAUGCACAAGAUAUCAUGUCAGAAUCUACGACCGCAGCAUCGGAUAUUGGUGUGGUUGAUAUUCAAAUAGCGGAUAAAAAGAAUUCUUCGUUAAUCAAGUCAAGCCCUAUAACGAAUAGGAAGGGUAAGUCUUAUAGUACGUCGAGGGAUGAAGAAGUAAAGUUUAUAGAUCACGAGGUUCAAGUAGAUACAAGUAGUGUGCUUACGAGUGUUGCCUUAAAAGAUGUCAAGAAUGAUACGAGCAAAAGAAAGCAGUCUAACGAUAACGUCGGUGGUAACAUCAAUACUAAUAAUAAUCAUCAUGCUUUUAGAAAGUAUGAUGUCAAUACUAGUCAAAAAGUCAUGCAAUAUUCCGAAGAAGAGACUUCCUCCACUACAACUGAGAGCUCUAUUCAAGAAGAUAAUGCAUAUAAGGAUUGUGAAAAUACUUGCGAUAAGAUCGAAAAAGUGCAGAGAAAAUGUACAACAAAGAAGCCUAAAUCACAAACUAUUCCUACUAUGCCAUCUUUAGACUAUAAAGAUAAUUACGAAGGAGAUUGUGACGAUGAUGAUUAUGAUAAAGAGAAGCAGGAUAAUCCAAAUAGAUGGAGGAUGAGUAUUACACGUUCUGGAGGUAAGCAUCAUUUGACACGACUCAAUGCCGAAUCAUCAUAUAAAUUACCUCGUCAAAAGCAAAAUCUUCCACGAAAAGAGAAAAGCUCACAAAAACGACGUAGUGCUGAAAAAAAUCAAUCGAAAGUGAGUAAUGGGAAUACUCUUCAAAGAGAAGAAAUCAGACCCUUAUAUGCAACAGUUUCUUCUUCAUUACCACCAGCUCCGUCCGUAUGCUGGGGUGAAAAUCGAGCGAAGUUUAGCGAUGUCGUUGCACGAAAUCAGGAAAAUCUUUCGCCCUUUUCGAAUUACAGUAAUAAAUCACAUAAAGAAAAUUCAUAUUCUGUAUCUGGAUCUUUUGAUGUUGAAAGUACAGAAUCAACGAAACAUGAAACAAUUCAAGAUUUAACUUCUAACGAGUAUAAAUUUAACGUAAAAUCGACUAAUACAUUCAAUGAUAAAAAUGAAGCUUUUAGUAAUUCAGAAAUUUUUGGAAUGCACUCAAAUAGUCAUUUAAAUAGUUAUUUUGUAAACACAUUCAAUGAACCACCAUAUGAACCAGAGCUAGUGCCAUAUGAUGAUCUUCCAGAAACUGAUGAACCACUUCUCGAAUUGGAAAAUACAGAGGAUAAUUCUCAUUGCAAGCUUUGGAACGAUAGUAAUUACAUGCUUAAUUUAAUUUCUGAGAAUACAGUGUUACAAUUAGACACGUCAAAGGCUGGUGAGAAAAUUUCAAAUUUACCAGAUACUAUAAAGGAUAACUGGGUUACUGUAGAAACUAAUUGGGAACCAUUAUAUACUCGUGGAGCAGUUGGAGAAGAAAGAAGUGGUGUUUGGGGAAUAAAUACAGGUGGUGUAUGGGCUGCUGCUCCAUGGGGUGCACCAACGCCAUCGUUAACUUUGCAUCCUGCUCCAUUGUCACCAUCAAAAGAACUAAGUAUUCAAGAGCGUUCCGGUUUUGAUCCAUUCCGAUCAUUAAGUACAAUAUGGACACCAUCUUCGUCGGAUAUUUGGACUUCAAAGCAAAAGGAAUGACUAAGUCAUCAAUGAUACUCAUUGAUAUUUUGUGAUAAAAUUUGCUUCAUUUUCGAUGAUUUUUUUGAAAGAUUCUAUAACAAGAGUCUUAAAAGUGGCGCACCAAAUGUUUGUGAUAUCAAAUAUUUACCUUUUUUGUUUUCCAUG